AAGAUUUGUCUAGAUUCUUGAUAUAUUCAACUUAAUCAAUUAAUUUUUUCUUUGGUUGGCUUAUGGCUGCUGGUAUUAAUUAAUUUACUUUUGAUAAUGCAAAUUAAUUCAUCAGUUUAAAAACUUGUUGAGAUCCUAUCGCAUGGAGGCACAGUGGUUUAAUGAAGGGUAUGUGCCAACAUUUGAUGUGUAUUUGCAAAAUGGUUCUGAGUCAAGCAGCUAUGGCGUAAUUGUAGCAGCAGGCUUUAUUGGAAUGGAAAAGAUUGCAGGGAUCAAGGAAUAUCAGUGGCUUCAAAGUAACCCAAAAAUUGUCAAAGCUCUCAAGGUACUUGGGCGUCUUGAGAACGACAUAGUAUCCCACCAGGCUGAGCAAAAGAGAGGAGACUCUGCUUCAUCGGUAGAGUGCUACAUGAAAGAACAUGAUGUUUUAGAAAAGAAGGCUGUCGAAGAGAUUCUCAAAAUUUGCGCAAAUGCAUGGAAGGACAUCAACGAAGAAUGCAUGAAGCCAACUGCUCUGCCAAGUCCUAUUCUCCAAUUGUUGGUUAACCUUGCUCGAAUAACAGAGGUUGUUUACAGAUUUGACGACUCCUACACCAACCCAUCAAGUCUGAAAGAUAAAAUUACAGCAUUGCUUCUGGAGCCACUUCCUUUGCAAGACCAAGUUAAUAUAUAAUACGAUGAGUUUCGUAUAUAUGUCUUUCCCCUGCUUGGCUUGGAUUGUCC